CAAAGUACGAGCAACGCGCUUGCUUCGUGAUUCCCGCAUCGUUCCCCCUUUUCCUUCUUACCAACCUCCCGCGCGAUAAUUUGAGUCCGCUUCAAAUCCCUCAAACUCCAUCGUAUUCCCCAUAUGCGCCUAAAUUUCGUCCGCUUUGCUUCUACCGCCGCCACGAACCCCUCCAGCAAGGCCAUCAGGUCCUCUACCCCGUCGUCGUCGCGUUUCCGGAAGUCUCCACCCCUUUCUCUCGACCACUUUAUCCAGCGCCAACGUGUUCUCUCCCUUUACCGCGACAUCCUGCGCUCUUUGUACCGGCACAUGUCACAGCCUCAAAGGGGAGAGAGCAUUGCGUAUGCGAAGGGUGAAUUCACGCGGAACAAAGACGUGCGAGAAAUUGAGAGGAUUAGGUAUCUGAUCAGUACCGGGAAGGCGGAGUGGGACGGCGUCAGGAGGGGUGUGGAAGAGAUGGGCCCCGCGCGAGGAAGAGGUUGAGCGAAGAGAUGAUAUUCACACAAGGAGUCGUGGGCGAACGUGGCAAACGAACUAUUUGCACAUGACCUACCGUUGCCGGAAGGGACAUGGAGAAAUACGUGCCACGUAUCCUUUGAGGCGGAAUCGAUCACUCCAAGGCUCGAGAGAGCCACUUUGACGAUAUGGCCAAACCACGACAGUCGGAAAUGCCACGGCUGGCAAGAUCUGAGCCCAUGCACAUACGCGGAAGCGAUUUAAAGUCCGAUGCUUUGCUCUCAUUUGAGACGGAAUAAAGGAUUGGGUACAAUCACCAGCAGCUUUGAAACUUCUUUGUCGGUCGAGAUGGGAUGUUGCUUCACGAAGGGCAGCAAGCAGACAUUCCAGACUCGGAAACAGCUGGAGCUCACACAGACACGGUUGAGAGCCAAGGGUGCAGGCAUUGCAACUUGAAGAUCUUGUUCAUAGUUAUACCCCGCAGAUAUGUUUCACUUUUUACAAUGAACCUGUCAAAAGAAGAG